GACUCAAUCGGCCGAACUCGUCGUUCGGGUUUGGAACGAGCUCGUCGGGCGGGUUCGGGGCGCAGCAGGGCUCGCCGUUCGGAGGGACAAGCUCGAACCCGUUCGGGGCGCCGCAGGCCUCCACUGGAGGUGGUUUGUUCGGACAGAGCUCUGGCUUCCAGAACUUUGGGGCUUCCCAACCAUCCAAUGCAUUCGGUGGCGGAGGCCACUUCGGUCAGUCUUCCAGCCCCUCCGUGUUUGGCUCCAGCCAGUCCUCCUUUGGUGGGGGGCUGUUUGGUCAGAAUGGGAUGUCAGGGGGAAUGCCCCCCCCAGGGGCGACUGGCACCAAGCACACGCCCUUCCAGAGGACGGCAGAGGUGGAGGGCACCACAACGCUUGGCAAGCCCAGCGUGACAGUGCAUUUUGACCACAUCUGCGCCAUGCGGGCGUACGUGAACAAGACUGUGGAGAUGCUGAGGUAUGAAGACUACAGCAACGGUGACAAAGGAAGCAGUGGUGGGCCGGCUGCCACAGGUUUUGGCUCAGGAGUUGGGGAUUCGCCAUUUCUUGGCGGCUCGACAGGCAGUGCAGCAUCCUUGUCUGGGUUUGGCAACACUGGAGCCAGCAGCAUGUUUGGGGCGUCAUCCUCCACCCCCACGUUCGGAGCCAGCAGCAGCGGGCCCUUGUUUGGCGGCAUGUCCACCCCUUCAGGAGGGGCUUUUGGAGGGUUUGGGAACCCGUCCACGGCCCCCGCUUUCUCCAGCACCAACAAGUUCAGCACGGGAUUGGGAAGCAACGCGUUCGGCCAGUCGCAGUCGUCUGGCUUUGGGGGGCUUAGCUCCUCAGCGAGCUUCUCAUCUUUUGGGGGCUUUGGGACGCCUUCCAGCAUGCCUGCUUUUGGGGCCUCUUCCGCAUCCAAUUUCGGUGGUGGAUUUGGCUCGUCACACGGCUCAACGGGCAGCCUGUUUGGCGGUGCCACCAAGUCUGUAGUUGGCUCAGCGACCACUCCUCAGCCUCAGGCAGGUGGAACGUUCGUCGGUGGUGGUGCCUUUGGCUCCACAACUGCAGCGAGCUCUACCUUUGGCUCUGGCUUCAGAGCGCCUCCAGCAGGCGGCUUUGCAAGUUCAGGAUCUUCUUUGUUUGGAACCAGUUCUUCGGGGAUUUUUGGUGCUUCAACAGGUGGCGGGUUGAGCUCUUUUGCUCCUAGUCAGCCCUCCGCAUUUGGAAGCUCCUCUUCAUCAACACUGUUUGCCUCAAAACCAGGUCCUGCAGUGGGCGGAUCUGUCUUUGGGCAGCCUGCGCCAACGGGAGGGUUCGCUCAGCAAGGAUCUUUCACUGGGGGCUUUGGAGGCGCUCAGACUGGCAGCUUGUUUGGCUCAGUGCAGCCAUCAGUGUUUGGCAGCAGCACUGCAGCACCUGCUGCAGGUUUUUCGUUUGGACUCGCCAGUCAGCAGCAACAACAGCAGCAGCCACUGCAGCAGCAACAACAGCCACAGCCCCAGGCAUCCCCCCACACGAGUCCGUAUGGAACUAACUACCUUCCAGAGCUGCCCAACCCAACCCCGGCUAGCAGCAAAGCACCUGAGACUACUGGAUCAGGCCCAGUGUUCACAAUAGUUACUCCCCCCGAGCUGCACAUCCACCGACGCCUACCGCUCAUGUUGCCCCCAUCCACGGAGCGAGGGAGCAGGGCAAGAUUUGCUGCCAGGCGAAGGUCAGGCUACAAUGUCAGGGAGAGACGGCGCCUGGAUGACCUGUUUGGUGAGCCCUUUGAGAAUCCCUUCGACAGGGGUGUGGAGAACAAGGAGUGGAUGCCCCCAUCCAUGUGGAAGACAGACAAGGACAACCCGCUGGAGCUUUGGGAUGUUAAGGCACACCUGCCGGCGACUGUUGAGUCAGCAGUACUGGCGCCAUGUGGCACAAGUGGGGCCCCCGAGCCCAGCAGGGAGAUAACCCCAGAGAAAUCCCAGGGGGUCAGGAAUGGUGAAAGCCAAUUCCUUGAUGAGGAUGAAAUCGUGAAAAUAUUGCCAGAGGUGCUGAGCAACGACUACUACACUGUCCCUGACAGCCAUGGGCUGAAGAACAUGUUGCGGGGGGACGCCCAUGCACUGAAGAGCUUGUUCGGAUUCACAAUUGGGAGGAAGGGGUAUGGGAAGGUGAAAAUCCUGGAGUCAGCAAAUGUGGAGAGAGCGAAGAUCUGUGACAUUUUCCAGAUCAGGAGAGGCGUUGUUUCAGCAUAUGAGAAUGCACACAAGAAGGAUGUGCCCGCACCAGGGUCAGGCUUCAAUUUGCCUGCAGAGGUGACGCUGCAUGAGGUCUACAAACGCAAGAAAGAUGGGACCAUUCUCAGAGACCCCGCAUCUCAGGAGUCCUUCACUCGACAGCUCAAGAAGCUGUGCCGCCGUGAUGGGAGCCAAUUUGUAGCCUACGAGGCAGAUGAAGGAACGUGGACCUUUCGGGUCCAGAAUUUGUGCUAG